AUGUUAGUACCCAAAGCUAGAAUACCCUGUCAGCAAAUCAGUGAAACGAAGCCACAAUAUUGGGACUUCCAGAAAGGUGAGGGAUGGAAGAGAAAGGAGGAAAAGGAAGCAAAACAUGCCCCACCAGAGAGGCAUUUGUCGCUGUGCAACAAUAUUGGGGCUGGUUUUCAACACAUUCUAGAAUUCCGCGGCGUGUUGCACGGUGUUUCUCCAUACAAUCCUUGUGGAAUAGUUUAUACCGACGCAACCGGCCACGGAGCUGAUCCGUCGCACAUUAAUGAGCCAAACUUAGCAACAUUGCUCUCGAAAUCUCGUCUGCAAAAAGUUUCGGCUAUGGGUCAGUUCUACCGUGAUGCCACAGCGCGACCCGAGGGAGCGGUGAAAGAGAGGAGCAGGAUGCUGCGCCUCACUUCGAUCAGUCCUCAUCGCGGCUUUAGCGCACGGGGAUCUUCCAAUGGAAAGUGCGGUAAGAUCCGCCCGGUGACACACGAUGAAAGUAUUAAGAUGUGGCUCAACCAAACAUGUGGCGCUAAGGUCGGGUCGGGAACUCCGUCCUCACCGACUUAG